UCACGGCACUCGUCUUCAGCACAGGAGCAUCGAGCGCACCCUCUUUUGUCAGGGUGAGGACACACCUUGAGGAGGAUCUCUACGUACUUUCCAGAACGUCUUUAGGUGUCCAGUAUGGGGAACGAACACUCUAAGAAGAAGGAGCCGAGCAAGGAGCAAACUCAUCCUCGUAGUGAAAACGGAGGAGUCCACGGCCUGGCGGUGAACACCACGUCCAGUGGAGUGGACAUUAAUGUUAACAGUGAGACUCCAACCCAACCAAACGGCAAACCUGCGGCAAUAGAUCCUGCCGUGGAACCCCCGCAGGAACCUGACUUUGCGGUGAUCGUAUCGGCCGAUGAACCUGUCGAAGUUGCUCCUGAACGACCGAGGGAAGAGGAUGAGCAACCCCAGGACAAAAAAGUGCAUCUUUUCGAUAAACUAUUCAAAAAGAAAGCAGACCUGGAAGCAAAGGUCGACGCCGAUAUUGUUCAUGAAGAAGAAAAAACAAAGAACGAUGAGACUGAUCUAAGUCUUCCUGACGCCAAUACACAGCUGGAAUCCAAUUUGAGCGGAGAAAAAGCUGAUGCCAUAUUUGAGCCGAUAGAGGAGUCGGACUGUCCGCAUCACAAAGCAGAAUCAUCAACUCAAACGGACGGAAUAAACGGAGCGGAUGAUUGGACGCCAACAGGAGAUGAAGGGAAACCAACAUUGACUACUAACUUGGUAGUAGCGACAGACCCAAGCAAAGAACCGAGUGACUACGAUAUCAUCAUUGCAGAGGAGGCGGUUGAAGAGGGCAUUCAGGAGCAAUUGUUGGACAACAAGGCGCCAGGACUCCUGACCAAAAAAAUCACAGUGGAGAACAUUUCUAAUGAGUUCAGAGCCAAGAAGCAGGUGGUGAUGGAUGAUGUUGAAGCCCAGAAUCCUGAGAAAACAGAUCCAGAAGUUACAACAAAAUGUAUCCUUUCAAAAUCCAUCACAGACAUGGCUGAGGAGGUCAAAGUGGAAGGUUUUCAAGAUGGAGAAUCAUCAGAUGAUAUGCAGCUGACUGAGAUGGAGCACGAUGUUGUCAUGCGUGACAUCAGGAAUGAAUGUGACAUCUCAGUGAUGGAGACUAUCUCAGAAGAGGAGGAACAUGGCAUCCUGGAGCCAGCAGAGCCAACAGUCAAUGAGGAGGCUAUCAUAAUUGCUCAAAGCGAUAUCGUGCUUGAAGAACCUUUGGAAAUAUGCGAUACAUAUGAAGAAGAGCUGUCCACAAUUGAUGAAGUUCCUGAGGAUCAUUUUGAUGAAGUAGUGUCUGAAAUGAAUAGCACAGAUGACUGUCCUGUAGGUGGAAAGAGAACUACAGAGGAGAUACAAGUGGAAAAAAUUGGUGCCUUUCCUCAGAACCCUGAAUGUCCAGAACCCAGCACUCAUAGUCACCUGGAGGUUAUCCACUCUAAAAAAAGCAGGGCUGUUCAAGAAUUGUCUUCUGAAUGUGAAGUCCUCAAAGCGCCUGUUGAAGCUCUGGUAGAUGUUCCAUGUUCUGAAUCACUUCACAGAUACCCUGCAAUCCCUGCCGAGGAGACCACCAUCCCUGCAAAACAUGAGGAAUGUAAACAGGAGGAAGUCUUAGGAAGUGUGGAUGAAGAUGCACCUAACCAAGAAUUCUCUGCAGAAUGUGAAUCAACAGAAAUAUCAGAAGGUAUUGUGGAAGGACCUGAAUGUUACGGACUAGUCAAUGGGAAUGUAACAGUCCUAGAGCCACCUGUGGAAGAGAUUGUCAUUCCAGUUGGAGAUGACACCCACUAUAAGGAUUGUACACAGAAUGAAUCAAAUACCACUAUCCAAGUGUCAGUUUCAGAAUCUCCUGGUGAAAAUUCUACAGUAGGGGAAGUCUCUGAAUCAUGUAAGGCUCAGAUUUCUGAAGACAACCCUGCAACAUCCGAAAAACCCGAAGAGGAAAAGGUGAGGCCUUGUGAUGAUAAAGGCGUGGAUGCAAUUGAGACUAUUGUUGAAACUCUCUCUGAGAAUCUUGCAGUUUGUGAAAGCAUGACUAAAGAGAAUUGUGGAGUGCAAGCAGAACCACCAACAGAAAAGGAGCUGGGUUCCGAAAGCUUUGUCCAGGACAAUCCAGCGGAAGAGAACAUUAACCAAAGUGAGGAGGCUCAAUUUUUGGGCAGUCCUCUUGCUCCACAAUCCACAGUCCUCAAGACAAAUACAGUUCUAGAAGAACCAAACAAAUGUGAUAAUUGUUUAGCUGCUUCAGAGUGCCUCAGGGUCGUCAUUGAGGGAGUGUUGGGAAAAAACACAACAGACAAAACCACAGAGGCUGAAUCAAGUGAGAUGAGGCCUACUGAAGGUUCCUCAGACCAAAGUAAAGACCAUCAGGAGCACAUGGAAGCUUUACUUGUGGGGCUGCAAUCUUCAUGUACAUCAGUUGUUGAAGAAUCAUCCUACAAACUUGAAAAUUUUGAGAUAUCGUCACUGGGUUGCAAGAUUACUGUUGUCAUCCAAGUGUCUCCAUUAGAAGGGCGGCAGUAAAAGAUGAACAUUGUUUUUCUGUGACAACGGUGUUCAUCUCUAUAUAAAGUUUUCACACAGUAUGUCAAUGUGGAUUGAAGCAUCUUUUCACCAUGGUAAGUACUGAUGCUUUACAAAUAAUCGUGCUUGUCAUGUACUGAUGCAUUACGACAAAUUCACAUUGUCAUGUACUGAUGUUUUACGAUGUAAUAAAAUUAGUUUUUGCAAGAUUCCCUCCCUGAAUUUUUAUUAUGGCAUCAAGUGCCACUUUUGGGUAUGAAUGUACAAAAAGACUCUCACCGUCUGAUGUUUCCAAGAGUUUGUUAGAUUUGUGGAGGACUUUUUCUUCAGUGUUUACAAAAACAUGCUCGCUAGUCGAAUAGACAAUUGAAAUAUUCCAUCCAUCCAUCCAUCCAUCCAUCCAUCU